AUGUUGCGUUCAAUUGCCCUUCGCCACGCCCGCCAGGCGGCCCGUGUGUCGGGCUCCGUCGCCAGAAUCCAACCGGUAGCGUUUAAAUCGACCAUCCAGCAGGAAUUGGACAAGGCCAACGAAGAGACUAAGAAGUACGCCCGUGACCUCGACAAGGCCGAGCACCGGCUUGAGAUUGCUCAGCAGAAAGCCCGGCAAGACUUGGAGCUGGCCGCCGACGAUUUCGACGAGGCCAACAUAAAGGAAGGCAACCGCAUUGCUGACGAGCUUGAGGCGGUUCAGACAAAGAAGAGAGCUUUACACGAAGAGUGGGAGGCGAAGAAGGACCGCGCCGAGGCGCUGUUUGAAGAAGCUAACCGCAAGGCGGGUGACCGUCUUGCUGGCGAUAUCGACGCCAUUGAGAAGCAGAAGGAGCAGUGGAAGGACAGGACCACCGAAAACUUGAGCGACGCUAAGCGGGCGGCGCACCAAUUGGGCAAGGAUUGGAACGAGGCGGCGCAGGAGACCAAGGAGAACUUACAGCAAAACGCCCAGAACGCUAAGCAAGCGUUCCAGCAAAAGGCGGGUGAAGCUGAAAGAGAUUUUCACCGGGCCAAGAACGAAGCCAAGGACCACGCCGAAGCCACCUGGGAACAGACGAAGGCCAAGGCCGCUGAUGCCGCUGAAAACGCUAAGUCGACUGCCGAGCAAUUGAAGGAGAAUGUGGCUGAAGGUGCCAAAUACGUCAACAAGAAGGCGGGUGAAGUCGUCGACGAUACCGUCCUUGAACCCAUCGAACAAGCUAACAAGAAGGCGGGAGAGUUGAAGCAGAAGGCGGCUCAAGGCGCUGACCAAGUGGCAGAGGGUGCCAAGUAUGUCAACAAGAAGGCCGGCGAGGUUGUUGAUGAGAACGUGCUUGAGCCCAUCGACGAGGCCAACAAGAAGGGGUUCUGGGCGUGGCUCACCGGCGGCAGCAGCAAGAAGUAA